UUCAUCCGUGACAGUUCGUUCCUGUAACCGAAAAAUUGUAAAAAAAGAUUUAUAAUUUUUUUGAAUGAUUUUAAAAAUGGGACAUUUUAAUGUAAUUUAUAAACGUACAUGUUGAUAUAUUAUAAAUGUCCUAACUAAAUUGUUAUAUUUGAAUUUCUAAUUUCAAUUUAAUUAUUUUAACCUAUGCGUAAAGAGUUGUUUAAAUUGUUUCCAUCGAUCUUUUUAAUAAUUUAUAGUGACAUGCGAACUGUUAAGUAUUGUGCUGAAGUACAUUCGUGUUUUGCCAUAUUUGUAUACACUAUAUAUCAUAAAACGUUAAUUUAUUUUUUGUAAUAUAAGGAAUGGAAAAAUCAUUAAAACUAAUAAUACACAGAAGUAAGACAAUUUAUGAUAAUGUCAAUAUUACUUGGAAUUCUGCGAUUAAAUAUCUGCAUCAAAAUAAUGAAAAAGGAGUUAAAUCAAAACCUAAUAUCCUUGACAAUAAGUCGCAUUGUAAAACAAUAGCAGUUCCCUUAAAUCAAAGGGGAUUUAAUGCAUAUCUUGUUUCAUUAUAUGUUAACAGUUUGAUAAAGUCAAAUACUUAUCGUAAGGCUGCAUUACAGGUUUUGUUGAAACAUUUAUCUUUAAUUACAAAUCAAACGAAUUUCAAAUAUAUGAUUUUAAUAAAAUUACGUACACCAAAAAAGCAAUUCCUAGAUUAUAAAUGGAAUGAGAGAAUAACAAAAAUGGUAUUAGAGACAAGAGAACUAGAUUAUGCUAUGUCAUGGUUAUCUACACUAGGAGGAGCAUUUUCUGCCUUAGGUGAAGAAUUUCAACAUUGUGCUCAGAUGGCAGGAAAAAUUUCAAUAAAACAAUUUCAAUUAGCACUACAUCUUGGAAAUCCCCUUCUCGUUGCUCGUUGUAAAUUAUAUGCAGCCUUAAGUUUGAUACAGCAAGGUUAUUUCAAAACACCAAAAUAUAUGAUCAAAAAUAUAUACAAACUUGCAGUGGAUCAGAAUGAUACACGUCUGCAAAACAUGUAUCACUUCUUGAAAGGACUAUUACCAUCACUGAGCAAGAGUACCCAUUGGAUCCCAUGCUGGUAAAGUAACGGGUUCCUGCUCGAAUACAGCUAAGACAUCAGCAGGUACAAAUUUUUUAUCUACAACAGCUUCAAAAACAAACUCUGAAAACCAGUCAGCUGUUAAAAUAUGAUAGCCUUUCUGACCAUGAUCUUCUCCCCAAGAAUUUUCUACUCUGAACUUCUUGAUUUUAUUUUCGUUCUAAAAUUCAAUAUAUACACUUAUUAGUAUAUACUUUUACCAUAUAUAAACAAUUAUAAAAAACUUACAUCAAUAGAUACAGCUGUAAAUGCCAUUGCGUGUAUCAUCAUAGAAUCUCCAUAGAGUAAUCUAUCUGCCUUUGUAAGACCUAUCUGUACAUCUGUUCCAAACAUCAAUUCAAAGUCAUAAGCUCUAAUGUCAUGGAUACCCUGUUUACCUAUUAACCGUUUGUUCACAUCACAUCCAAACCACACAGGUUCAUUCUGUUUUAUACUUUCUGCACAUAAUUUCAUUAGUAAUUCUGGUGGUUGAUUAUUAUAAAGCGUUGGUCUUCCACCUAUGACAUUUCCUAAACAAUCCACUGUAUAAAGUUUUCCAUAAGGAUUAGAUGGUCUUGGAUCUGUGACAAGACACACCUUAUCGUCGACAUUGUAGUAUGGCUUAACAUAUUUUUCAUAAAAUUCGAUAGGUGUUAUUGGUCCGAUGCAGUUAUAAUUUUUCGAUUUAUCAUAAUAUUCCCAUGUUAUAGUUUCGGAAGGAAUACCGAUGCAAAUGCCAAUUAUUCUAUAUAUCACAGUCAUUUGUUCCAUAAUUUGACCUUCUAAUUCUUUAUCAGAAGCUCCAUUAGCAACUAAACCUCUUAGAACUUUGGAAUAUUCUCUCAAUUUACUUUUCAAGAGACUAUUCAUGCGAAUACUAGCCUCGCAACUAUAUGAUUCUGGAAAACAUGAUUUUGGAACAAGACCAUGACGAUUUAUAAGAUUAACUAUCAUAUCCCAUUGACCUCCAUCACAGGUAGGAUCAUGCAACAGAAAUGAUACCAAUCUUCCUUCCACUGAUUCACCACGUUUUGCAGUUUUAACAAUAUUAUGCAAAAAGUAAUUACAUCGUUCUACCUGUAAUAAAUUAUUUAAAUUAUAACAAAUUAUUUAAAUCAUUAUAUUUAUAGUAUCAUUAUAAAUAUAAUAUAUUAUUAUAUAUUAAUAUAAUUAUAAUAUAGUAUUAUCAUGAAAUAAAGUAAAUGUUACUAUAAAUAUAA